AUGUCCCUGAAGAUGCUCAGAGUGGGGACUGUGGGAGAUGAUGCGAAACGAGCCAGUGGUCACUGGGCCGUGACCCGAAGAUCCUCCUCCCCACCUCGACUGCUCAUGGAGAGGCUGUCCGGGUCUGGAGAUUGGGGCGUGCGCUCUGAGCGCAGCUGUGCGGCGUCGGGAGGGCGGGGGGCAGUGGGAGAGACAGGGAGACGGAUCCUGAUCGAUGUUUCUCUGAUCUGA